AAUUAUUUCUCAUCAGAAAAACCACCGAAAAACAUGGCGGACUCCAGAGAUGAACAGUUUGACGGCAUGUUGAUGGCGAUGGCCCAGCAGCAUGAGGGAGGUGUACAACAGAUGAUCAACACAUUUUUCUCAUUUUUGAGAAGGAAGACCGACUUUUACCAUGGCGCACAAAAAGGACAAGCAGAAAAGCUUGUCAUUGAGGCAUUCAAGACACACAACAAGCUAGCCGCGGAUGAGAAACGCAAGAGAGAUGAGGAGUCACAGGCAGCCAAGAAGGCCAAAGAGGAACGAGAGGCAAAGAGAAAAGCUGAGGAGGAGGCCAAGAAGAGGAAAGUUCCGGACGAGGAGCCCAAGAUAAGAGAGAUCACGGAUGAAGAAGCGACGAGACUUCAGGCACAGAUGGAGAAGGAGAAUGUAGAGGGUGUAGGAGAAUCAAAUGGAACAGCCAUGGAGAGUGGCGCCACUGCUGCAGAUGGGGAUAAGUCAACCAAGAAGGACGAUGAAGAAGAAGAAGAUGAAGCCGAUAAGGAUAAGAUUAAACCCAACGACGGCAACGGAGGAGAUUAUCCUAACUACAGAUUCACCCAGACACUCGGAGAGCUCGAGAUCCACAUUCCAUUCAACGUUUCGUUCCCGCUCAAGGGCAAAGACAUGACCGUUGUGAUUGACAGGAAGCAUUUGAAGGUCGGGAUCAAAGGUCAGGACCCGAUCAUCGACGGUGAGACCUUCAGUGAGAUGAAAGUCGAGGAGAGUAAUUGGGUCAUCGAGGACAAGAAGAGAGUUGUUCUGUUCGUCGAAAAGAUCAAUAAAAUGGAGUGGUGGAGUAGAGUGGUUCUCACGGAUCCUGAAAUCAACACAAAGAAAGUCAACCCAGAAAACUCAAAGCUGUCAGAUUUGGACGGAGAGACCAGAGGUAUGGUAGAGAAGAUGAUGUUCGACCAACGACAGAAACAGAUGGGACUACCCACUUCAGACGAGCAGAAAAAACAAGAAAUGUUACAAAAGUUUAUGAAGCAACAUCCUGAAAUGGACUUCUCCAAUGCCAAGAUCAACUAAACCUCUGUGGAGUUGUGGCACCGAGGGUGGAAGUGGAUUGUUCGACUUAUUUAUGUUUGUUUGUUUGAAUGAUAUUCCCAUCAAGGGAACUUGGCAAACUCCCACUAAAGGGGUAUAAACACCAAGCUGGCAACAGCCAAUCUCUCUCACAAACAUUGGGUUAACUUCUAUGACUAUGAAGUACACAAAUCAAGAAAUUGUGACUCAUUAACUACACGACAAUAUUUAUUCUAGUCAUUGUGAAAUGAGCGGUUAUCUUGUGAGGUUUCGAACCCACAACCUUGUGAUUGCAAGUCCUGCAGUCUAACCACUUAACAACGGUGACUUAUCUUGUCCGUAAGGAUCAUAGACUUUGUCACGUUGAUUACAGAGAAAGUGAUGUUGUUUAUUCCAGGGCCUCCUCUGGCAGGCAAGAUUCUUCACAUACAUGUACAUUUCAUAUGAGAAUUUUUGGUACCAAAUGUAAUCAAGAUUUGUUUAAAAAUAAGUUGAGUUUGAUUUGUGCUGUCUUCGUACCAAAGUUCAUACAAAGCGUUUCAAAAUCGAGGGGAUUUUAUUGCAACAAACAAUCUCAAAAUGCUGGAUUUUAUACUCAAGUCGUACAUUAAAUGUUAUGUUUACAAAAUAA